AUGGCGGACGAGAAGAAACGGAUUGUCUUCUACACGGCGUUUUCGCCCAAUGGGCACAAGGUCGCUAUCACGCUCGAGGAGCUCGGGCUCGACUACGAGAUGGUCCACGUGAAUCUGCCGGCGAUCCAACACAAGGAGCCGUGGUUCCUGGACAUCAAUCCCAACGGGCGCAUCCCCGCCCUGACCGACACGUUGGAGGACGGCACGUCGAUCAAGCUGUUUGAGUCGGGCAGCAUCCAGCAGUACCUGGUGGACCGGUACGACACGGCACACAAGAUCUCCUACCCGCGGGGCACCAAGGAGUUCUACCAGACCAACAACUGGCUCUUCUUCCAGAACGCGGGCAUCGGCCCCAUGCAGGGCCAGGCCAACCACUUCCUGCGAUACAACCUGUCCGAUCUGCCCGAGCAGUACUCCAAGGACCGAUACAUCAACGAGACCCGCCGCCUGUAUCGCACGCUCGACAAGCACUUCCAAGACUCGGCGUCCCCGUACCUGGUCGGCGACAGGCCCACCAUUGCCGACAUCGCCAUCUCUUCCUGGGCCAACAUUCUCGGGUUCGCUGGCGUGGAGAUCGACGAGUUCCCGCACGUCCGAGAGUGGCAGCAGCGCAUGGCCCAGCGGCCGGCCGUGCAGAAGGGGUAUAAUUCGCCCAAAAAGGUCGACUUGGACACCUUGUCCAAGGAUAAGCAGGCCUUCAACGCCUAUCUGAAAACGAACGAGGCCUGGAUCAGACACGGAAUGGAGGCCGACGCGAAGAAGUAG